AGCAAGCAUAAAUCCGUGUCGAAGACGUCGGUGACAAAGAUUCCCUCAUUGUCCCGAGUUGGUCAACCGUCAAGCAUCAUUAUCGAGGUUGCCGGGCACGAUCAACUAGAGAUCAUCAUUACUGAUAAUAAAAAGAACCAAAUUGGCACGGAAAUCAUUGAAAUUGAACCCGGAGUCAUGCAGGUGAACUUCACUCCGCAGGUGGUCGGUGACCAUGAUAUCGAGGUGAAAUACGGUGGCGUCCCAGUGACCGCUAUUCCUUUCACAUGUCGAGCCUAUGACCCGACAAAGAUCAAAGUUGGAGCCAUUCCAAAGGGUCUUCUGGACAAACCGGUUUACUUUACAGGUAAUCGAGAAGUAGUAAUGUUAUUCACAAAACAGUUCUGGUCUGGUUACCAUGUUGUAUAG